AUGUCUGCAGAAGAGCGUAUCGCAGAACUUACUGCAAGAGUUGCCACAUUAGAAGCAGCUAUCAAGACAGGUGGAAUUGCACCAGUUGCAACAACAAACGAUGCUGAUUACCCAUUCCUUGCCAAACUUUCUGGUGAUGAUCUUAUUGCUGCUAAAGCCCUUAUUACAGAAAAUGCUACACUUCAUAAACAAGUUGCAGAACUUAAUGAAACACUCGAAGCUAAGAAUUUCCGUAUCAAGCAUAUGAAGGAAGCUCUUGAUAAGUACGUUAAAUAA